CGCCGUUCCCGCCUCCGCCGCGGGGCGGGGCCGGGGCUCCUGCCGUUCGCUGCCGCUCGGCCCGUGGCGCAGCGCCGGGGCCGGGCAGCGGGUCCCUGGGCCGGGACGGCCGGCGGUUCAUUGGAAAGUGGAGGAAAGAAGAGAAUGGAUAUGGGUAACCAACACCCAUCCAUAAAACGGUUGCAUGAAAUACAGAAAGAAGUCAAAGAGAUUGAACAGCAGGUGGUUGUCUUCAGUGGUCUGUCUACCGAUAAAGAUUACAAAAAAUUAGAAAGGAGUCUGACGAAACAGCUUUUUGAAAUAGAUUCUGUAGACACUGAAGGAAAGGGGGAUAUUCAGCAAGCCAGAAAGCGAGCGGCUCAGGAAACAGAGAGGCUGCUGAAGGAGCUGGAACAAAAUGCAAACCAUCCGCGCAGACUGGAAAUAGAGGCUAUAUUCAAGGAGGCACAGUCCCUUGUGGAACGUGAGAUCACACCUUUUUACAAAGGUGGUAACUCUAUAAGUGACGAAUUUGAAGAAGGGAUCCAGGACAUCGUGUUGAGGCUUACCCAGGUGAAAACGGGAGGGAAGGUUUCUUUACGCAAGGCGAGAUACCGCACUCUGACCAAAGUCUGUGCUGUUCAGGAGAUUAUAGAGAGCUGUGUAAAGCAGCAGCUGUCCCUGCCACUCUCUAACGAUGCACAUCCUUCUGUCUCCAAAAUUAACUCUGUGAUGUGCGAGGUGAACAAAGCCAGGGGAACUCUUAUUUCCCUUCUAAUGGGAGUGAGUAGUAAUGACACCUGCAGGCACCUCUCCUGUGUGCUGACAGGCCUCAUUGCUGAUUUGGAUGCGUUAGAUGUCUGUGGUCGCACGGAAAUAAGAAAUUACAGAAAAGAAGUAGUGGAAGAGAUCAAUAAGUUGCAGAAAUACCUGGACUUGGAAGAAGAAGGAAAUUCCACUCACGCUUAUGACUUGGCACAGAAUCAGUCCAUUCUAAAAAUAGAAGAGAUCCGUAAGAAAAUGAAGGAAGUUAAUGCUUUACUUUUAAAAACAGAGAAUGCUUCUGAUUUGUAUUUGGGAUCCAAAGCAGAAUUGCAGGGGUUAAUUGCCCGCUUGGAUGAGGUGAGCCCAGGAAAAAAUCCCUGCAUCAGAGAAGCCAGGAGAAGAGCUGUAAUAGAAGUUCAGACUCUUAUAACGUACAUUGAUUUGAAGGAAGCACUUGAGAAAAGGCAAAUGUAUCCCGAGCAAACUGCUGCCGAACACCAGUCCUAUAAAGCAGUUUGGAACGUCCUUGGAAACUUGUCUCAAAUUCAGCAGGAGGUGAUUUCAUUUGAUGGAAACAGAACGGAUAAGAAUUACAUGAGACUGGAAGAACUUCUUACGAAACAACUUCUAGCGCUCGAUGCCGUUGAUCCACAAGGUGACGAGCGGUGUAAGGCUGCCAGGAAGCAAGCAGUAAAGCUCGCCCAGAAUAUUCUUUACUACCUGGACAUGAAAACAGAUGAAUGGGAAUACUGAAAACAGCCAUGAUCUAACAUAGAGGAACGUUUUUUUUAACUUUGGCACUUUAUGCAGAUCAUUGGCAGCACAAAAUAAAAGUGGUGUGUUCUGUGCUUGCUUAAAUCACGGAGAUUGCAUAAGCAGUUGACUUGGCUAUAUGUCUGCUAUCCCACGCAGUCACCCACUUGCCAUGGCAACUGUCAGUACACCAUCAGCAAUUCUGGUCUUUGCUAUAAGCAAAGAAGUGCAUUUCUCUGAAGGAAUAGCUUAAUACUUGAUCAAAUGGCUUCUUUGUUUUUUGUUGUUGUUUUUUUUUUUUCUUUCCUUGUUUUUGUUUUAAUAACCUUGUGCAAUGUUCAGUGAAUGCAGAUUUUUCAAAGUUGCAGAAACUUCCUUAUGUUAUAGUACUGGAAAAACUACUUAAAAGAAGACUGGACAUGAAAAUUAGUACUCCAUCCAGCAACUUCACAGCAGUCUGGAUGUGCUCAUUAAGAGCUGUCACAACAAAAAGUAUCAAGUGCAAAAAAAACUGUUGGCUUUGGGUUGUGCUUGAUUUAUUGCAUCCAUCACACCUUCCUGGGUGUUCAGAUUUUACUCUAAUGCCCAACUACAAAUUAGCAUUUACAGAGGCAAGCCAAUUACGUCUAUUUUUUGUGAUACCUGAGCCUUCCGAUUUGCAAAAACAGGUCUUCUCUUGGUGGAAACUCUUUCAAAUUAAUGCUUUAAGGUACUGAGACUUCGAGAGGAACAUCUGUAUAUGGACCAGCUAAAUGGGAUUUUGAGGAUUUCACACUGCCAUCCAUAAACCCCUGAAAACUGCACUGGACUUCUAUUUCGUGGUUGCUUUGCUGUCUUUUUCAACUCUGCUGUUGCGUCUGGUUUUGACCUGUUGUUUCACAUUCCGUGAAAAGAGAAAGAGAAUUCGCUUUGAAGCGAAGGAGCAUUUUGGAAUUAUUUUCUGCAAAAUUUGGUAGCUGGCUAUAAAGAUGGCCCUGAUGAUGUAAAUGCGUGUUAUAUAUUUCAUACUGGUCAGGUGUGGCUUCAAGCAUGACUUGGAAAAAAGACUUGUGGCAAAUGUCUCUCGUUGCAACUCAUCGCUUAAUUGUUUUAGUAACUUCGUAAAUAACCUUGCUUGUACUAUUGUAUGCACCUACCUUUUUAUUUGUGGCUGCUAGUGCCAAUCACAUUUCUACUAUAGCAUGUAUUUUGGCAUUUUUUUGAGAGCAUGGCAUUAGAAUGAAUGAAUUGUAAAGAUAUAUUUAAUUACGGAUUCUUUGCACUUAGCUCUUUCGUGUUAAAUUAAUGAGUUAUUGUUCUGUAGAUGAUGAUUUGCACCACUUUAAGGAGUAAAAACCAUUUCGGAUGUUAAAAUAAAUAUUUUUAGAUCUAUUUUUGACUGAUUAGAGAAGACAAUACUGUCUGUGAGAGACAAGUGCCUUUAUGACAUCACUAUCUUGCACCAUCAUAUAUAGAUACAGGAACUGUUUACCAGCAGCUUGAUAUAUUUGUAAUCUUUGCAAACUGGAUUUGUCACAUAUAUAUAAUUCUACUAUAAUGUGUGUCGAAUUAACAUAAUACGAUAGGUGACAAUUGUUCUAUAGAGUCCUGAGGAUGAGUAUGCAUUGAUGUGGAGAUGGGGAACUUUGGAUGGGCCUUCUGUGCCUAUUGCUACAAGGAGAAAAUAUUUUUGCUCCCUCCUUAAUAUGCUUUGAGAUGUUGAUGAAAGGCUGUGUAACUUCAGAGGGCAAAUAUGUUCUGUUUGCGAUUGUACAGGUGAUUGCUUUGCAAAUUUGCUUGCCAAAAACAACCUAUUUUUUUUUCAAUUGAGUACAGUGCCUAAGGCACAAUUUGGCAAUGACGGAAUGUUUGUUGGAGGAUUCUCUCUGCACCUUCAGAGAUACAACCCCAUUGAAUUGAUCUCUCCUUACCUCAAAAAGCCCACAUUUCCCCUAGUUAAAAUUCCAAUCUAUAUUUUAUUAUAUUUUCCAAUCUAUAUAUUAUGUGGCUAACGCAGAAUUUUAAUAAUGUUACACACCUGAAUUAUUUUACUCAUUUCAAGCUUUCUAUGUGUUUGAACUACAACUUCUGAUUUGCACUUACAUUUUUAGGAAAUAUAAAAAUUGAUAGCGUAAUGACAUUCACUUUGCUUUAGUAUUACUGUCAGGUCUGCAGUUGUUACUUGUGGUUUGUUUAACAAUUUAGUGUCUGUGUUCUUUAUCAAUGAUUGAACCUCUCAUGUAAAAAUGAGCAAGUAUAGUUUUCAGAACUGCUCUAUUUUAAAUUUUAAUGUCUUUUAGCUUUUCUGAAUAAAUUAUUACACCUACUCCUCUAAGGAGGCAAAUGUGUAAGGUUAGUGUAAUUUUGACUAACUGAGUAGAGCUCAGUAGCAAGAUAUUAAGUGGAUUAAGCUUUUUCCCAGUGUUCUGUAAUCUAAUAAAUGGACUAUUUAAAUUUGAUGGUUAAGUCCUUACCUGGAAUGAGAUUAAUUCACAGGUUUUUUUGCAUGAAUUAAAGUAAUAACUAAAUAUGCUUAAACAAAAAAAUAAUGCACAAACUUCUCAAGAUCUUGCUUUUGUGAUGAAGAAUGUAAUUUCUUUGGGUUUUAUAGCCAAAGAUUGAGGGGGACACAACUUUUCUUUCCAACACGGCAGGCUGAAACAAUCAGCAAAGUGUCAAUGGACCAAAUUGCAGCAGCCUGUGUUUCAGUAUGAUAUUGAAAUGAUUGGAUAAUUGGGGGAGAGGUGAUUCUACGUCUUUAUUCCUUUUUGUUAAUUGUAUUUCUUUUCAAAAUAGCUUUCUUGAGUUAUUGCAGUGUUGAUUUUUGUUGUUUGCCACUCAAAGUGGUUUUUCUAUGUUACCAGUUUGGAGGAGAUUUUUGUUAAGUAUGAUUCCUACUUUUUCAAUUUAACAGAAAUUAGUGUACGUGCUCCUUAUGGUGUAUAUGUCUUGAUUUAUUGCUGUGUGGGGUACAGCAUUUGUAUAUACAAAAUCAAGAUUAAAUAUUGCAGUGUUAUAUUCUUGAUUAUUAAUAAAAAUACAUUGCUGCGUUUUACUAGGUAUUCAUUUGAAUGUUAUGCCCUGCUGCCUUUCUCUAUUUAUUUUUGAAUGUGAGUUAUCAGAAUGUAAAUGAUUUUUGUCUUAGAGAAAGUGUUUUUAUUAAACAUUAGACAUAAAGCUCUCUUGUUUUUCCCCCUCCUUUAAAAGUUGGCUUUUUUCACUGCUGUAUUUAUGACAAUAAAGUUCUUUGCGUGGAAACCAUU